CUGCCGAGUCAUCCCUCGUCACCCAAAACUGCCUUCCAUUGAUCAGUUCUCUCUCUCACUCCCCCCCACACACACACACACACACGCACAAAAUACUCUCACUCUCCGGGUGCUUCUACAUUGAUAACUUUGCUUGCCAGCUCGUUGAAAAAUCCCUAACGCAGCUUCAUCAACUCUCUCGACUUCAUUUCGGAUGCGAUUUUGAUUUGUUUGUGAAGUAUGGGGGUAUAUCUAAGCACUCCUAAAACGGAGAAGUCAUCAGAUGACGGCGAGAAUGAUAGACUCAGAUAUGGCAUGUCCUCCAUGCAAGGAUGGCGCUCUACCAUGGAAGAUGCUCAUGCAGUUUAUCCCAACUUGGACAAGGCUACGUCUUUCUUUGGAGUUUAUGAUGGCCAUGGAGGAAAAGCAGUUGCUAAAUUUUGUGCCAAGUAUCUUCAUGAACAAGUGCUAAAAAAUGAAGCCUACUUAGCUGGUGAUUUAGGAGAUUCGAUGAAGAAAUCUUUUCUCAGGAUGGAUGAGAUGAUGUGUGGGCAAAGAGGUUGGAGAGAAUUAUCAGUACUUGGGGAUAAAAUGCAAAAGGUCACAGGCAUGAUAGAAGGAUUGAUAUGGUCCCCAAGGAGCGGCGAAGCCAACAGCCAGAUCCAUGAUUGGCCUUCUGAGCAGGGACCACAUUCUGAUUAUAUUGGACCAACUUCUGGUACCACAGCUUGUGUUGCAAUUAUCCGUGACAAUCAACUUGUUGUUGCAAAUGCUGGUGAUUCUCGUUGCGUGAUGUCUCGUGGUGGUCAGGCCUAUGCUCUGUCAAAAGAUCACAAGCCUGACCAUGAAUUGGAAAAAGAAAGGAUACUGCAAGCUGGUGGCUAUGUCCAAUGUGGACGUGUCAAUGGUAGCCUGAACCUGGCCAGGGCAAUAGGUGACAUGGAAUUAAAGCAAAACAAAGCACUUCCUGCUGAAAGGCAAAUUGUAACAGCAGAUCCUGACAUUACCAUGGUUGAUCUCCAAGAUGACGAUGAGUUUCUUGUUCUAGCCUGUGAUGGGAUAUGGGAUUGCAUGUCAAGUCAACAGGUAGUGGACUUUGUUCGAGAGCAGCUGUACAACGAGACAAAGCUUUCAACAGUGUGUGAGAGGUUGCUUGACAAAUGUUUGGCACCAACUGCUGGUGGGGAAGGCUGUGACAACAUGACCAUGAUACUUGUCCAGUUCAAUAAACCUUUGAACAAUGGUGCUUCUUCCAAGGAUCAUCCAUUUCCUCCUGAUGAGCAAGCUGAAUCUGAUGAAAGACCCAGCAGAAAUUGAACCUAAGCUACAUCAAGCAGAUGUUGAAUCGAGUCCAGGUUAAGCCCAUGCUGAGUCAUGCAGAAAGUAAAUAGUUCAUGUGAAACCUCUCUGUAAAUUUGGAGAUUCUGUUUAAAAUAGUGUUUUUAGGAAUUUUGUAUCCUGUUCGAUGACAAGAUCCAGUUGUUAACGUGUGGAUUUCCUUUUCUGUAGUACACAUCUAAUGAAACACUUGAUGUCAAGGAGUGAGUGUGUUUGGAUUGCA